AUGGUGUAUAAGCAAUUCCACCUUUUCGGCACAGUCCGAAGCCAGAGCGCAAAGAUUGAGGUACAGCCGUCGGACGAUGUUGAUCAUCUCAAGUCCGACCUCGCGGGUAUCUUUGCUAUUUGCGACCCUAAAGGUAUAACCCUACAUGGAUCGGAUACGCUUCUCACGAUUGCCGAUGUCAUUGCAACGGCGAGGUCGAUCGGCUUGAAAGUCGACGGUUGUCCAAUCAGGGAACCAUAUGCACCCCGAGAGCUGCCAAUCUUUGGCAAUCAUUUUGAGAUCUACCCGGACCACAUGGGAAACCAUGAUCGCCUGUUCCUUCAAUUCGGCAGCGUCAUCAAGACAACCAACAUGGGCACGAUAAACUAUUUAACCAAUGACCCGCGCGUGUCUGAAGCAGCUCUGAGCGAAAGCGACUAUUUUACAAAGAUGACCUCAGAUCCUUCACAUCCACUGUACUAUAUGCGCGAUGAAACUGCACUCUUCAUGUGCGACACAUCUUCGUCCGCCCUUCACAUCGCUCACAAGUUCAUCCCACCGAGCAUGACGCCCAAUGCGGUCCGUCAGUACGCGGGCAACAUGCAGCAAGCGAUUGAAGAGUCCUUCUCCGUGUUUGAUGAGCUGGACCGUCAAGGAAAGGCGUUCCACGUGUAUCAGUACAUGUUCAAGCUCGCCGGGCAAAUUAUCUACCGCAUCGUGCUGGGGCUCGACGUGGGCCACUUCAACAACAUUGACACCCCGGUGCACGAAAUCAUCCACCUGCUGGGGGAGUACAUGUCUCUGAUGAAGAAGACGUCGCUGAGUCCGCAAUGGUACAAGUACUUGCCGUUUGGCAAUCACAAGCGCCUGGCCGAAGUCAAGCGGCGGGCGUGGGCCCUGGUCGACGCAGCCAUUGACAACGCGGAGCCGGGCAGUGACGGCAAAGACGCGCCGAUUCAGACUGCUGCGCUCAACUCGACCUGCAUCGCCGACUAUCUGAAGCGUGCCGUCGAUGAGAAUGGGGAGAAGCUGCCACCAGAGUAUCGUCUCACGAACAUUGUCGUGCUCAUCGGCGCUGGCUUCGUCACGAGCUCGUCUCUUUUGUCCUGGAUGGUGUAUGCCCUGACCAAGUACCCAGGCAACCAGGAGAGGCUUGUACAGGAACUGGUUGACAACGGCUGCACCGCAGACAAGGCCUGGGCGUAUGACGAGAUCAACGCGCUGCCGUUCCUAGACUGCUUCAUCAAGGAGACGCACCGGCUGCACAACCCAUCGUUCCAGACAGCACGCAACACCAAGCGGGACGUGAUUGUGCCGGGCGGGUGGCAGAUUCCCGCGGGCGCCGUCGUUAUCCCCACGUUUCCCUCGAUCCACAAGAACAAGGAUCACUGGGAGAAUCCAGAGCGGUUCGACCCGGACCGGUGGGGUGGAGGCGGCGGCGCAGGCAGGCCGGACAGGCACCGACUGGCAUUCACGCCGUUUGCGGCGGGCCCGCGAGGCUGUGUGGGAUUCAACGUGGCCAAGCUCGAGGCCAAGCUCGCGCUGGCCAACUUGGUGUACAGGUACGAGUUUGAGGACGCGUCGACGGAGCCGAUGCAGUAUGAUGCCGAAUUCUUGGUGAUCCGCCCGUUGAACUGCUACGUGCGGGCCCGUCGGCGAACUACUUGGCCCACGGCUCAGAAGGAAGAGUAG